ACAAAGUACAUCUUGUUCCAUUUAAAUAAGUAUCAUAUGGCAAAAGAUAAAAGAGUAUGGGACUGAAUGAGAUAGUUCCAAAUGACUUUUUAAAAGUGUAGAGCCAACAAUUCAUCCCUGUGUAAUGACUUACUUACCUUUGUGUGUAGCCAUGCAGUAGGUUGUGGCUUGCCACAUCCUGCCACCUCUGAGGAAUUUACAUCCAGUGCAGAUUCCAUUUGCUUUUUGGAAUAAACUCUUUCUUGCACUCUCUGAAGCAAAGAUCGAGGUCUUUGAGGCAGGAGCAGUUAGAAUGCAGAGCUAUGCAGGGAUAUAGCGGGCUUUUCUCAGCUUUAUUCGUGGUGGCUAGGAAUCAAGAUUUGAGCUGUCUUCUUUGGGAGAUGAAUUUUCAUUUUUCAUCAUUAUAGAAGUUUAAUGAUGACACAGACGAUUGAAUCAUUAAUUAUAGCUAUGAUAGUUCUUUUUAUUUAAAUUUUAUUUUAAAGAGGCUAUGAUAGUUCUAUAAGGAAAAGUACUUACUACUAAUUUGUAUUUUUCAUUACCCAAAGUGUUUUUCAGAAAGUGCCUAUCAAGGCCAAGCAAAACACAAAAUAUUCCCUAACCUAACAGAGUACAGAUUAUGAUGACAAGGUGUUAAUUCAAUAAUCAUUUAAAAAUGUACAGAGUACCUGGGCCUGGUGGUACACACUUGUAAUCCCAGCACUUGGGGGGCUGAGACGAGAGGGUUGUGAAUCUGAGGAACAAAAAAAGGUGAGGUUUUUUUUUGGUAUUGGGAUCAAACUCAUGACUUCAUGCUCGCCAGGCAGGCGCUUAUAAUGCUGAGCCCAGGUGGGUACUUUAAAAGAGAAGGCAUGGUUCUAUGACAUUACAAAGUAGGAACUUUUUUUUUUUUUUAACAUGAAGCAAAAUAAUAGAAAAUAAUGUCAUGUUGUAAGGGUAAGAAUUAUUGCAACCUGGAUGUAGUGGUGCAUACUUAUAACCCCAGCUACCUGGAAGGCUGAAGCAGGUUGACUGCAAAUUCAAUGCCAUUUUGGGCAACUUUACAAGACCCUAUCGAAAAAAUAAAUACAGGCGUUGGAGUAGGUCAGUGGUAGAGUGCUUGCCAAAUAUGCUUGAGGCUGUGAGUUCAAGGCCUGCUACUUGGAAGGAGGAGAAUGAUGAUUCUGCCCAUAUACGUGUAAACCAGCUCACAAAAUAUGUCGUGGGUCACAAUAAAAAUAAUAAUAACGAUAAAAAGCUACUAUAGUUGUGGACCUAACAACCCCACUACAGGAUUUUCCCUGUAGGUCAAGGAAAGUAAUAUUCUAGCUAGGCCGUGAAACAUUGACAGUUUAUAACUAGUGAGGAACCCAGGAAUCUGGGGCGCGUCAGGAUACCACGGGCGAAGGCUGACAAGGCUGGAGUAAGAUGCGGCGAGAGGGGGCUGGCGGUUGCUGGGAGGCAGAGGAGGAAGCAGGGCAGCAUGGUCCCCGUGCCGCCGGCAGGGGGCGCUGUGUGAAUCGUGGCGCCGCAGGUUUAACAGCUAGUCAGCAGAGGAUUGGAGGUGGGUGGUGGGCAAGGAGGAGGCCUUAGGAGUGGCUCUUCCCGGGCUUCUGUCAGUGCUGCCGUUGGGACCCAGAGCUCUGGGGAGGAAGAGCGCUUUGGGGGAGGAAGAUGUCUGGCAGGCUGUUGUGUUUAUGAGAGACCGGAAACUGAAUCACUGACAGCUCACUGAGGCUGAGGGCAAGGAUGAAGUCUUCUAAAUCGCACAGCGAGGAGCUUUAAAAACAAGGCCCCCUGGACCGGUGCCGCAGCCUCGACUCGCUGCUCAGAGAGGCUGCGCAGGGAGCACAGGGCCCUGGACUGGCUCUCUGUUGCUCCACUCAUCAGAUCUCCAGGACUUUCUCUACUUCCUAAUUAAACAGUGUGUGACCUGGCCCUGGUUCAGGUCUUCCCAGGGGCUGACCUCUGUCUGCCUUGAGUCUUCACACAGCUAUACACCCAACUCUUUUAAUUGUAUUAUUUAUUUAUUUAGAGGCAGAGUCUUGCUAAAUUGUUCAGGCUGGGCUUGAACCUGUGACCAUUCUGCCUCAGUCUCCCAGAGGGCUGGGAUGACAGGCUGUACUACCAGGCCUGGUAAGCAUUUCAUUGCAGACAGCUUCCUAGUCUUAAGAGCCAAGCAGUGUCUGCUCUGAGGCUCAGCUCUUUGCCUGCUUUCCAUCUGACCCUGUCCCUGCUCCCAGGCUGUUCCCCCACACUCGGGGUCUAGAGCAAUCCCAUCUGUGUGUCCCCAAGCAACAUAAGGACGUGAACAGUCUCCAGAGCCACUCCUUGGGACAGGCUGCCCAUGAUCCCUAGUAUCAUUACCUAAUGAUCUACACUUCUCAUUUUGUGAUUGAUGAGGUGCCCUCAUUUUAAAAUAUACUCUACAUAUUUUAAACCAUAGCCUAUGCUUCUCUUUUUUGAAUCCAUUUUAUUCAAAGAUAAAUAGAAAAAAGGGGGGGAACUACAAUAAAAUUUUAAAGUACAUCAAUCGGGGUAUAUUAUUUUUUGGUUUUUUGCCCUUGCGUACCGACAACUCGUGACUUUGCAUUUGCCAGGCACUAAAUCCUGGACCCUGGUGCUUCUUUUAAGAGAUGUACUCCUUGAGCCCAAGAUGUACUCCUUGACACCUGCCUAUAAUCUCAGCAUUCUAGGUGGCUGAGGCAGGAGGAUCACCAGUUCAAGCCCAGACUGGGCAAUUUAAGAGUUUAUCGAGACCCUGUCUCACAAGAGGGCAGAGCAUAUAAGCUCAGUACAAAGGUCUUGGGUUCAGUCCUUAGUACAGCAUAAAAGAAAGAGGAUGAGGAGGAGAGACCCCAGAAUCUUCUAGUUGCCUUAAAAGCAGGUUCAAGGCUGACUAGGGAGGCCUCUUAGGAGGCAGGUGCUGGGGUGAAGAUGGGGAGCUAAGUGACAGAUCACUCACAGCCGAGUCUCAGUGGAUGAAAAUUCAAAUGAGGGCUGAACAUGCAAGCAGCAAGGCAAGGACGCCAAAACCUGCUGAUCUUCCCUUUGGCCCCGGGGACAGCUCAGAUCGCAGGUGCCCUGUCAGCAGUGGCUGCCAGGACAGCCAGGUAGCUGGCUACGUAGAAGCGGCCGGAUGCUGCCCGCAGAGGCUGCAGGGAGGGCAUGGGCGGCCCCUGCAUGGAAGGCCACUGAUGAGAACAGACAGGCGCAGGACAGCCGGGGAUUAAGGGAUUUGCCCCUGCCCUCAUUUGACCUGUCCCACUACCUCUGCACAAUGCACUCCCGCAGGGAACGGGCUGACCGCACGGUGACCUGCAAGCAGCUGGCUUCUGCGUCACCCUGCCAAGGGUGACAGAUUGCAUGAGCUUGGGCACGCACUGGUCAGCCUUGAUUGUUCGGAAGAUGACCAGCUGUGCUCGGGAGGCUAGAUUUAUGUUCUACUCAGUUGUGAGCUUAAAUCUGGUGUAAAUGAGGACUUUUCCUCCCCCGUUUUUCUUCAAAGAAACAGACUUGAUCUUCAGUCCCUGUUGCCGUGGUGUGGGGCCCAGCUAGGUGAUUGUACAGGACAGUGGCAAGACCACCAAGGACUCUACACUCUGCGUACCACCAGGCAGUCUGCCCAGCCCUGCCGAGCCAUCUUCACACUCCUUGGACAGGAUGAGUGCCCUCGAUGGUGUCCCUUUCAAGGUGUCCAAGGGCUUCGUGAUCAGCGCAGAGUCUCUCCCCACACUGGAGCUCAGUGUCCCUGCCUGCAGGGAGCUCCUGCUGGGUUCCAUGCACGACUUCAGCCUGGAAAGGAAGGCUCUCUUCUGUGCUGAGGCUGCCACCCGAGGAUGCGGCCCCUACCCGUGCGGUGAUCAGGGCACGGCGUCGGCCCCUCCAGCCUGGCUCUUGCUGCUCAGUCCCGACAGCGGCCUGGCACCUGCACCUGCGGAGCCCGGACUCCAGGAGCCACCCGGAGGCGAGCAGGAGGCCGGCAGCGGCGGCGACGAGGAGGACCCUUCGUCAGCCAGCGAGGAUGAGAGGCGCCCUGGUGGCUCCCGGCCCAGCUCCCGGCCCAGCUCCCCGACCACCCCCGACCCCGGCCGGCGCCCCUCGCUGCUUGAGCGGCUGUCGGGGAGCAGCCUGGCCGCGCGGCCACGCGCGCUGCUGCACUGCUUCCGCCGCCACCGUGCUUGCAGCCUGAGCUCGGUGCCUGCGCCCCCGGGGCCCCUGCCACCGCCACCACCGCCGCCUCCACUCAGCCCCACGCUGCCCCCGCGGCCCGCCACGGCCGGCGCCAUGGCCCCGCUGCGCAGCCACAAGCCCACGGUCGCGUCGCUCAGCCCGUAUACCUGCCUGCCGUCUCUUAGGGAGACACCCCAGCCUCUCAAGCCCUGCAGAUCGCACCCUGAUUCUGCAGCUGACCUGCUGUCUGCCCUGAGUCAGGAAGAACAGGAGCUCAUCAGGCCUGUGGUCGCCCUGGGAUACCCCCUGGCCAGGGCCAUCACAGCUCUGCAGAGGACGGGGAGACAGAGCCUGAGCCAAUUUCUCGGCUACCUCAGCGCCCGGGAGAGGCUGCUGCAGCAGGGCUAUGUGGAGGCCCUGGUGGACGAGGCCAUGGAGCUGUUCCAGAACUCUGAAAGCAAGCUGUCCCCACCCCCUCACAGGCCAGGGAGUUCCUGCGCCUCUGGGAGCAGUUCAGCGACAUGGGUUUCCAGCCACAGCGGAUCAAGGAGGUGCUGCUGGUACACGGCAACCGCCAUGAGCAGGCCCUGGAGGAGCUGGUGGCCGGCACCCAGUGACUGUGAGGCCACUGGCCUGUGUCCUUGAAACCCAGCCGGAGCCACACAGACAAAGCUAUGCACGUUCACUAUAAAAAACAAACAGUCCCAAGGCAGGGGAAACACUGAGGUCAGCUGGCGGUGCUCCAGGAGGACGAGGCAGGGGCCAGUGAGGUGGGACUGAGCCUUGCACCCUGCCUGUGUUCCAUGUGUACCCUCUGUGUUAAUAACUUUGCUGUUGAGAAAAUUAAAACAAUAACAGUAGCAACAGAA